AUAAUCAGUUGUCAAUUUGUCAUGUAUUGUUGACGCAUGAAUAGGAUUGGGGUGUAGUUACCGUGAACUGAUAUAAACUUUUGUUAAUUUGUUUAAUUGUUUAUCUAUAAAACAUGUCCGGUCAAAACGUAAACGUGUGCGACAUUGGCGAUAAUGUUAGGGAAGUAUUAAAAAAGUUUCGUUUCCAGAAGCACACAACAAAUUCCGCUUUGAUACUAAAGGUAAACAGAGAGAAACAAGCAUUAGAAGUAGAUGAGGAACUUGAAAAUGUGGAGUUAGAAGAACUUCAGGAUAUCUUGCCAUCUCACCAGCCGAGGUUCAUUGUUUAUAGUUAUAAAAUGGAGCACAGCGACGGCCGAACAUCGUUCCCCAUGUGUUUCAUAUUCUACACACCUCGAGACGCUCAUAUGGAACUCCAGGUAAUGUACGCAGGUACACAAAGAGCUUUGGCCGCUGAAGUGGGAGCGCCCAGACUUCUAGAAGUUAGAGAAAUUGAUGAACUUACAAGCGAGUGGCUCAACGAAAAGCUAAGGAAAUAGUACACUCAGAGUCCAAAUAUACUAUGACAUAUAGAUUUUAUAAGUUUAACAUAUCAGAGGAAAUUUAUCAAUAACUUGAAGAUCCACCGUAUUAUUUUUUCUUUUUUCUCUACUCCAGUGUUCCCAACUACAUUCAUAUUAUUAUUUAUUUUCUUAAUAAAGAUAAAAUAAUGUUUAAGAAUGAAAGAUAAU